UCUGCAACGCAUUCUUUCCUUUUUUUUUCUUCUUUUAAAUAGUCUCUCUCUUCUGUUACUGUCUUAGAGAAUAUGGAGAGGGGAAGAACUGGAAAGGAUGUUGAAGAAGGUGAACAUGAAAGAAAAGGCACGGUAUGGUCAGCAUCAGCCCACAUUGUAGCUGCGGUGAUUGGGUCAGGCGUGCUAGCGCUGGCAUGGAGCAUGGCUCAAUUGGGUUGGGUUCUUGGCCCGUUGGUCAUCCUUGGGUUUGCCAUCAUCACCUACUACACCUCUACCCUUCUUGCUGACUGCUAUCGUCAUCCUGACCCAAUCACCGGGACAAUCAAUCGAGUCUACAUCGAUGCAGUCCGAGCCUAUCUCGGUCCAAGAGAGGUCUUCUUAUGUGGAUGUGCUCAAUAUAUAAAUCUUUGGGGCACUCUUGUAGGUUAUACCAUCACUGCUGCCAUUAGCAUGAUGGCGGUCCAGCGAUCGAAUUGCUUCCACCGCAACGGGCAUGAAUGGAAGUGUGAGUCUUCAGGAAACCUAUUCAUGAUGUUAUUCGGGGUGGUGCAAAUUGUCUUAUCACAAUUCCCCAGUCUAGAGAACAUCACAUGGUUGUCAGUAGUGGCCGUGGCGACAUCUUUUGCAUAUUCCUUCAUCGGACUCGGGUUAUCGACAGGCAAACUAAUCUCCCACGGUGGGUUCAAAGGUACUUUAUCUGGCGUCGCAGGGUCUUCGCACAAAAUCAAGACAUGGAAUGCUUUUCUAUCACUAGGAAAUGUGGCCUUUGCUUAUACUUUUGCUGAUGUCUUGAUUGAGAUUCAAGAUACAUUGAAGUCACCACCUCCUGAGAGGAAGACAAUGAAGAGGGCAACUUUUAUAGGAAUUGGGCUCACAACAAUCUUCUACCUAUCAUUGGGUUGCACUGGCUAUGGAGCUUUUGGGAACAAUGCCCCUGGCAAUAUUCUCACUGGGUUUGGAUUUUUUGAGCCAUUUUGGUUGGUAGACAUUGCCAAUAUUUGCAUUGUUGUCCAUCUUUUAGGAGCAUAUCAAGUAUAUGCUCAACCAAUCUUUGGCCGUUUUGAAAGCACAAUUUCAAAACGUUGGCCAGAAGCAAAAUUUCUGCAUCAAACUUACUCAGUAAGGGUACCUUUCAGCGCAUCAAGCCCUCUAAGUUUCACCCUCUCCAAGCUAGUUCUUCGCUCAUGUCUCAUACUCUUGACAACACUGGUGGCAAUGCUUGUUCCCUUCUUCAACGCGGUUCUUGGCCUCCUUGGCGCUCUCGGCUUUUGGCCUCUUAGCGUAUACUUCCCUGUCAAUAUGCACAUUGCACAAAAAAACAUCAAGAGAGGAAACCCUAAAUGGAUUCUUCUCCAAGGUCUCAGCUUGUUCUGCCUCUUGAUUUCCAUAGCUGCAAGCAUUGGCUCUAUGGCUGAUAUCAUUAGCAGCCUCAAGUUGGCUACUCCUUUCAAGCUGAAUUACUAAGAUCAAAGUUUCUCUCCUAUACAAAGAUUAGUAGUUGAGGAGAAGAUCAUAUUGUUAUGUGUUUACUUUCUAAGUAUUAUAAUGAAUUAUUGGAUUUGAUGUUUUGGA